AUGAAGAAUCUUAGACCCAUAUGUUUUCUUGUUUUCUUCAGCUACGUUCAAUGCCAAACUCUACAGAGAAGUUUACUAGCUGCAGCCUUGAACCACACUAAUAGCCAGAAUUAUCUGCAAGAGAACUUAAGAGACAUCACUAGCAUUAUGGUUGCUCAGUUUCUUCAGAAAUCAACUUACCAAGAAGUACAAACCAUAGUUGAAGAGCUGGUAGAUCGUGCAGAGAAGUGCAAGGUCCUCAAGCCACAGGAAUCACCGUCUGAAUGCUCUCACCAGUUGAUGACUACCUUCCUAGAGCAUGUUUGUAACAACCAAGGAAUGGCUGACAAACAGGAGUUUUCUGACUGUUGCAAUGUAAAUAACAAAGCAAGACUCAAGUGCUUCCUAUUAUACAAAAAAGAUGACACAGAAUAUAGCGAUGUAUUCCAAAUUCCAAAUCUUGAGCAGAUCUGCGAGGUAGACAAAGAGAAUCAAGCAUCAGUGAAGGAGAGGUACAUUUAUGAAACAUCUAGAAAGCAUCCAUUCUUGUAUGGACCUACUAUUCUGACCAUGUCUGCUUGCUAUGAAACAGCUAUUCGGUCAUGUUGCCAAGAAGAAAACAAAACUGAGUGCUUCCAGAUAAAGUUAGAACCCAUCAGGAAAUACGUGAGAGAAAUAUCUUUGAGGCAUCACCAUUUAUGUGAAAUUGGGAUUAAAUUCAACCACAAAGUAUCAAAAGCAGUGGAAUUGGUUCUGCUGACUAAGAAACAACCGAAAGCUAACUUUUCUGAAAUUGCCAAACUGGCCGGGGAUGUUAAAAAUCUGCAUCAGACCUGUUGUGAAGGAGAUGUGGUAGCCUGUGUACUUGGCAGGAGCCAGCUUAUGAACGAUAUCUGUUCUAAACAGUCGACCCUAUCCAGCAAAAUCACUCCCUGCUGUGCACUGUCCGUGCCAUUCCGAGGGGAAUGCAUUAUCAACUCAGAAAAUGAUGACAAACCUGAUCUUUCAUCUCUGCCACUCAGCAGGUUUACAGAAGACCGAUUUGUAUGCAAGCAAUUCAUCAACAAGCAAGAUGAUCUCCUGCCAGAGUUUCUUUAUGAAUAUUCAAGAAGACAUUCAGAAUUGGCAGUUUCUGUGAUUUUAAGAGUGUAUACAGUAUAUCAAAAUUUAUUGGGAAAAUGCUGUAAAUUAGAAAAUCCUCUGGAAUGCUAUAGCCAUGGGAAAGAGAUGUUCCAAAGAGUGGUUGGUGAAAGCCAUGAGCGUAUAAAAAAUCACUGUGAUUUACGUGAGAAAUUAGGAGAUGCUAACUUCCAUGACAGGCUCAUAAUCCUUUAUACUAAGAAAGUCCCACAACUAUCUGCUCAAGAGUUGGUUACAUUCACGAAGAACAUGGCAGCUGCUGCCACCAAAUGUUGCCCACUGAGAGAUGAGCAGCGAUUUGUCUGCAUGGAGGACUCGGCGAAACUAAUUCUUGGAGCUUUAUGCAGAAGACACGAAGCAGAGCCUAUCAAUCCUGGUGUGGGUCACUGCUGUGAGGACUCAUAUGCCUUCAGGAAGCCAUGCUUUGAUGAUCUGCAGGUAGAUAGAACUUACAUUUCUCCACCUUUAUCCUGUGACCAAGUCAUCAGCCUUAAAGAGGACUUGUGCAAAGCUCGGGAGGAGCAAUUCCAAACUGAGAAGCAAAAGCUCCUGAGCAAUCUUGUGAAGCAGAAACCACGGGCAACGGAGAUGCAGUUCCAAUCAAUUAUUGCAGAUUUCGCUCACCUGGUGGAGACGUGCUGCCAAGCAGAGGAAAGUGAAAUGUGCUUCAGAGGAGAGGGGUCCAAACUGAUUGAAAAGUGCCAGUCUCUCUUGGGACACAAAUGA